AAAGCCAACAACAACAAAACCUUCAUUUCAUUUCUUCUUUCUCAAACAUGGCAAACACUCUGCAAUCUUCAGUCAACAACAUUAAUUUCUUCUCUAAGUAUUGCCAAUCUCUUUCCCAAACCCCUCACAGGCUCAGGAAGAGAAUGCUAGCCACAUGGACACCAGACCAAGAGCUCAAUCAAGUGAGGUUAAGGUCUGGUGCAGACAUGAAAAGGAAACUCAUGUGGUAUGAUUUAGUGGCUCUUGGUGUUGGUGGCAUGCUUGGCGUUGGUGUUUUUGUCACCACUGGCCCUGUGGCCCAUGAAACCUCCGGCCCUGCUGUCUUCAUAUCUUAUAUUAUUGCCGGCAUAUCAGCUCUUUUAUCUUCCUUGUGUUACACUGAAUUUUCUGUACAGAUUCCUGUUGCCGGAGGCGCCUUCAGUUAUCUACGGGUGACCUUUGGAGAGUUUGUGGGGUAUUUUGCGGGGGCAAACAUACUUAUGGAGUAUGUACUUUCAAACGCUGCGGUGGCAAGAAGUUUUACGGACUAUUUGUGCCAAGCUGUUGGAGAAAAUCAUCAAAACUCGUGGAGAAUAGAAGUGGAUGGACUAGUAAAGGGUUACAAUAUGUUGGAUCUACCAGCGGUCGCACUUAUUCUUCUUCUCACAGUCUGUUUAUGCCACAGUACGAAGGAAAGCUCGUUGCUGAACCUUAUUAUGACAGUGUUUCAUGUGAUAUUCUUUGGAUUCAUCAUAAUUGCUGGUUUCUGCAAUGGGAGUUCAGAAAACUUGGUAAAGCCAGGUGGACUAGCUCCUUUUGGAGUUAAAGGUGUUGUUAAUGGAGCCGCCAAAGUUUACUUCAGCUAUAUUGGGUAUGACUCGGUUUCAACCAUGGCAGAAGAAAUCCAAAACCCUCGUAAAAGUCUACCGGUGGGCAUUGUGGGUUCUGUUCUCACAGUUUCCUUUCUAUAUUGCCUCAUGGCCUUAUCUUUGUGCGUGAUGGUGCCUUACAAUCAGAUAGUGAAAACAGCAUCAUUUUCAAUGGCUUUCCAAAAGAUUGGCUGGGAGUGGACUAGCAAUGUGGUUGGCGCCGGAGCAAGCUUGGGAAUUGUUGCUUCUCUUCUGGUUGCCAUGUUAGGCCAAGCCAGGUACCUUUGUGUUAUUGGAAGGGCUCGUCUAGUGCCUUCCUGGUUGGCCAAGGUGCAUCCUUCCACAGGAACCCCAUUUAACGCCACUCUCUUCUUGGGGCUUUGCACAGCAUCAAUUGCACUCUUCACAGACCUCCAAAUCGUGCUUGAAUUGAUCUCCAUCAGCACGCUUGUGGUGUUCUACUUAGUUGCCAAUGCUCUCAUUUACCGUCGUUAUGUGAUCAUUAGCAGCAAUCCCCCACCUCACACACUCUUCUUCCUCUUUAUUCUCUCAUUCACUGCUUUUGGGUUCUCCAUGUCGCUGAAAUUUGGGCAACAUUGGUGGGGCUUGCCUCUGUUUGGUGGGUUAAUGGUGAUGAUCACAGGCUUCUUCCACUACACUGUACCUUGCCUCCGCCAUUCUGGAGAAUGGUCCGUGCCAUUCAUGCCAUGGCCAGCUGUUAUGUCAAUUUUCCUUAAUGUCUUCCUCAUGACCUCGCUAAAAAUCCUUUCCUACCAGAGAUUUGCCGUGUGGGCUUGUUUGAUCUCUUUGUUUUAUGCGCUCUAUGGCGUUCACUCAACUUACGAAGCUGAAGAGAUGAAAAUGGGCGUGCAAGAAGUUCCAAACCCACCAAUCCCGCAAACUAAGCUAGACAUUCAAGUGCUUUAAUCAAGGUCAACUGUAUGUUUUUUGUCUUCACUCUUUGUAAGCUCCAAUUACUGUUUGGGUAAUUAUAGUGUAAAUUUCCACGGAAUUCCUACAAAGCAAAAAAGGAUUUUCCAUCAAAUAAAGGCACAGAUAACCUGAUUGAACUUCAGUGUGGCUAAAGUCAAGGAAAGAAUAGGCAUUUAAGAAAGAAAGAGAGUUUCUAUUUGAUCUUGGUGGGUCUUUUUCUUUUCCCCCACCUGUCAUGUUGAGGAGAAAAACGUCGAUAAAUUUCUCUUUUAAGAUGUGGUGAAGAUGAUUGGGAUAGUGUUGGGCCAUAUCAUGUAAUGAGGGGCAAACUGUAAGCUAACAUUCUCAUUUUUGUCAUUUAAUAGCUCCUUCAAAAUUGUC